AUGUUCGACCUGCCGUUCCCUGAUGAGCUGGAGAAUGACAUCGGCCACGACAUGAUGCUGAUCACGGGGAACCUGCACCCCUCCCCCAGCGCCUCCCCCCUGCCCUCCCCCGCUCACUCCCCCGCCUCCCCCUCUGGCAGCGGCAUGGGAUCACAUUUCCACAACAACAGGACCCAGAGCGAGCGGCUGAUGUCCCGGGACAGUCCCCCGGAGGAGUUGAAGCAGCAGCCUCUGGCCCUGGGCUACUAUGUGUCCACCGCGCAAGCUAACGGCCUCCCUCACUGGUUCUGGGCCUCGUGUCCUCAGGCUGAGAACCAGUGCCCUCUCUUCCUCAAGGCCUCUCUCCAUCACCACAUCUCCAUCGCUCAGACGGACGAACUGACGGAAAAGAACAAGAGAAGCCCUCACCCACUCGACUCCAAGACCACCUCUGACGUUCUCAGGUUUGUGUUGGAGCAGUAUAACGCUCUCUCGUGGCUCACCUGUUCUCCGGCCGCUCAGGAUCGACAGUCGUGUUUACCAGUUCACCUGCUGGUCCUCAUCCAGAUGUACAACGCCAUUCUCAACAUGCUAUAG